GGUGCCUCAGGUGUGUGUGUGUGUGUUUCUGUGUGUGUGUGUGUGUGUGUGUGCGUGUGUGUGCUUCUCCCUCCCUCCUUCUGGUGCCUGCUGUCAGCUCCAUCUUUGUGUGGCUGAGGCCAUGGUGUUGGUGCUGCGAGCCCUGCUGACCUGCCUCUGCACUUUGCUCUCCCUGGACCUGCCGCCUGGGGUGCACCCCGCUGUGUCCCUGAAGGACUUCUACCCCUUUGGUCAGGACAAAGGGGACUCCCAGACCAACGCUCAGGACGACGGCGGCUCGGGGCUUGUGGACAUUUCUGUUGCUUUUCCCUUCUUUGGAGACCGGCACGCAGGACUUUAUGUUAACAACAACGGCCUUGUAUCUUUCCUGAGGGAAGUGUCUCAGUUCACACCUGUAGCUUUUCCAAUAGCCGGGGACAGACGAGUCGUAGCGCCGUUCUGGGCUGAUGUGGACAAUCGCCGGGCGGGGAAAGUGUUCUACAGAGAAAGCCGCGAGCCUUCUCUGCUGAGCAGGGCAUCAGCCGAUGUCAGGAUGUACUUCUCGGAAUUCCCCAGCUUUAAUGCAACCUGGGUUCUCAUCUCAACAUGGCACAAGGUCACCUUCUUUGGAGGCAACGCUCUCACACCGGUAAAUUCUUUCCAAGUGGUGCUUAUUACAGACGGCGAGCUUUCCUUCACUGUAUUCCAGUACAAUAAUAUAACCUGGACCACAGGCAUGCACGCCAGCAGUGGAGGAAAUCAGGCAGGACUGGGAGGGAUCGCAGCACAGGCAGGUUUUAAUGCUGGUGACGGCAAACGCUACUUCAACAUUCCUGGCUCUCGCACAGCUGACGUGGCGAACGUGGAGGGAACCACCAAUGUCGGCUACCCCGGCAAAUGGGUGUUCCGCAUUGACAAUGCGCAGGUGGAAGUGGGUGGCUGCAAUGACUCUGCAUCAGUGUGUCCUCACCUGCGGCCCUGCCUGAACGGAGGCCAGUGCAUCGACGACUGCAUUACGGGCAACCCCUCCUUCACUUGCUCGUGUUUGGCUGGUUUCAGCGGUCGAAGAUGUCAGAUUAACAUCGAUGAAUGUGCCUCACAUCCUUGCCAGAACGGAGGCUCUUGCACAGACCUGAUCAACAGCUUCUCCUGCGAGUGUCCUCCCGGAUACACGGGGAGUCUGUGUGAAACAGAAAACGAUGUGUGCAAAGACCGCCCCUGCUCCAACAAUGCGUCCUGCGUGCAAAGCGGCGUCACCUUCACCUGCGUGUGCGAACCGGGCUACACCGGUGUCCUGUGCGAGACAGAUCUAAACAACUGCAGGUCAAACCCUUGUCUGAAUGGAGGAGAAUGCAUCAGUUCGGCGGCCAACUUUACCUGCGUUUGCCCUCCUCCCUUCACUGGAAUCCUCUGUGAGACAGAACUGAUGGAGCUUCACAGUAAUUCAACCGAUACAAAAAACCAAACAGAUUUGUGUGAAGACGGAAAUUGUACCCGGAAUCAGAUUUGUGAAUUCACCGACUCAGGAACGUACAACUGCACGUGUGCUCCGGGCUUCUACGGCGACCAGUGUGAAGGUACUACGCACCUGCUGACACCGACUAAAAGGAACAAUUGGUUUGAGCUACAUCUCAACCUCUUUCCCCCAGAAGUAACGCAGACACCCUGCAGCCACAGUAAGCUGUGUCCUGAUGGCGGUCCUUGUUUGGAGUACGGCGGAACCUACCUGUGUACAUGUCAAACGGCUGAAAUGGAAAUCGGUCAUAAGGACUUCUACCCCAAUGUACAGCCCCGAUCAGUCUGCGACUCUUCUCCCUGUCUGAAUGGAGGCGACUGUUACGAACAGGAUGAAGGCUACACCUGUGAGUGCAAGCACGGAUACUGGGGGAAGCACUGCGAGAAAGUUAGACACAAUACCUGUGCUUCUAGUCCCUGCCGCAACGGAGGCUCCUGUAAAGAGGAGGCCGGGAGCUACAGAUGCGUGUGUCCGUAUAGGUUUACUGGGAAACACUGCGAAGUUGGAAAACCCGACCCCUGUGCUUCUGGUCCUUGUCUAAACGGAGGGACGUGUUUUCACUACAUAGGAAAAUACAAAUGUGAGUGCACUGACGACUACAGGGGCAGACACUGUGAAAUCAACUGGAGCGCAGUGCAAACACCCACAGUCCUGAGCUGCGGGCUACCCCCGCAAGUGAAACACGCCGAGAUCCAGUUCUCGUCAACAACACCAGGCUCAGUGGCCGUGUACGUAUGCCACUCGGGCUACAUGUCCGUGCCCAGAGCCACCCAGAGCAUCUGUGGAAUCCAGGGAGACUGGAGCCAGCCACCUCUUUGUGAGGAGGUCAAUGAGUGCCUGUCGCAGCCUUGCCUCAACGACGGCACAUGUCAUAACCAGGUUGGAUCCUACAAGUGCGUUUGCAAUGAGGGCUUCACUGGAAAUCGCUGUCAAACAUACAACAACAAAUGCCUCUCAGAACCCUGUAAACACGGAGGGACGUGCGAAGACCAGCCGGGCUCCUACCUGUGCCACUGUGCGCCAGGUUUUAAAGGCCAAAACUGCGACAUAGAGCAGGAUACAUGUGAUCUCAACCCCUGUUUGAACGGAGGAGUGUGUCGUGGCUACAGACGACACUACGUUUGCAUCUGCAAAGCUGGCUUUUUCGGGGACCAGUGCCAGAUGUUGGAAGACCCCUGUGUACUGCAACCCUGUGGCAACCGUGGAGUCUGCCGGACCGACAGGAGAGGAAACUACAACUGUGUUUGCAAAACAGGAUACACGGGCAAAGACUGUGAGAAAGACCUGAUGCCUCCCUCUGGUCUUCAUGUUUUGCGCGUGGAGGAAACUGAGGUGGAGCUCCGCUGGGAUGAGCCAGAGCCGUCGCACAGCGCGAUCAGCGGCUUCGCUGUCACGUACGCUCCGCUGCAGGAAGGAAACCCUAAAACAGAUUACCUUGACAGGCAUCAGUCCGCUCACGUGAUGCGGGGCCUGGCGCCCGGCCAGCUGUACAACAUUUCCACAUUCUCCGUCAAACGCGGCAAUAACAAGAAGGACUCCAGUCAGCCUGCCACCGCGCUGAUACGAACCAGACCCCGCAGGGUGGAGGAGCUGCAAGUGGUCAACGUGACUUCAUCUGAGGUUUGGUUGAGUUGGCUGGUUCCCAUGGCAACGGUGGACCGGGUGCAUGUGUCCUUACUGCCCUCCGAUGGGAGCGAGGCCCAGACUGCAGUGCUCAACACCAGCACAACUGAGUACAGCUUCAGUUCACUAUUUCCCGGUCAGAUGUACACAGUGGAUGUACUGACUCAGAGUGGAAUCAGACCUGAUGAGUUUCCUUCCACCAGUCACUCAGCUGGACCGCUCCCCUUCUGGACCAGGCCCCCGCCCCCACAGAACCUCUCCUUGUCACAUGUCAGCACUAACUCAGCUCUGGUCACCUGGACUUGGCACCAGGGGAACCUCCCAGAUGGCUUUGUGGUCAACGUGACGAGGGGCUUAAACACCAGGAGUCGCUUCUUGCCUAACGGGAAGUUGGGAUCAUACACCUUCCGUGAACUCACUCCGGGGCAGCAGUAUUAUGUGACCCUCACGUCUGUGAAAAACACAGGGCAGGAGCAGAUCCACAGCGUACCGAAGCACUUGUCCUUCACUACCUUACCAAUGGAAAGCAGGUUGUUGAGGAGGGAGAGACCAGUGGGCACUGGACAGGGGAGUCGACACACUCCUCGUCUUUCCCAGCCUCAGGACCUGGGAGGCACAGCAGAAACGGACAACGCAGAGGAACUGCCCAGAUACACAGAGCUCAUUGACAGAAGAGGGAAAAUAACAUUUUUUUGCCCUGCAGAGCCUGAGCCGCCACUUCGAUUAGAAAAGAUGGAGGAAACAACGAACAAAAUAAGCCUCGCUCUAGAGGUUCAAGAAGAAGGUUCAAGAACAACGCCUGAGGUGCUCCCGGACUGCCGCAGUCUGCCUUGCCAGAACGGGGGUACGUGUGUGAACCAAACCGAUGCCUUCAUCUGUGACUGUGCCGCUGGGUUCAAGGGCAGACAGUGUGAACUGUCCUGCCAGCGAGUGCCACACCCGUGUACGCGGAUCUACUCGGAAACAAAGAGCGUUCCGGUCUGGGAGGGAGGAGUGUGCCACUACCUGUGAGUCUCCUCCUGCUCUGUUGUUGACUUCCUGUAAACACACUUACACAUACAACCCACAGAGAC